GUUUACACGUUAAGAGUUGACAAACACGACUCUACAAGUUAUAAAUAUAUAUACGAUGACUCCUUAUAUAUAAUCAUCAUAGUCCUUUGUACUCUGUACAUAGUACUGGGUACUUAGCGUAGGUAAUCGAUAACGGGAUAACCAAUUAUCGGCGCCUUCUGAAUAUAUACCUACACCUACAUAGAAGAAACUCCGGCGUGGCUUCCAUGUUGUCUUUCAUACUUCGUCUUUCUUGCCCGGGUAGCUACUAGGCAGUUUCUUCUUGAAUAUACAAGAGCUCCCCUCUUACUAGUACCUACAUUUUACCUACUUCUCAUCCUUACUAGUCCUUAGGUACCUACAACAUUCAACUAUGCCACCACGAAAGAAAAAUAGCAGUGCGACCGCAAACAACCCUAUCGAGGCUACCAGAAGAUCAACAAGAAAUACUAAGAGAAAUAGCCCCGUCCCCACCCAUUCCACUACCAACUCUCCCGGGGACGAGCUCCCGCCAGCCGCCAUCACUGUCGGCUCUUCGGAAGACGAGAUUUCAUCUACUCGUGCUCAUGUUUCUGUGGCUUCUGGAACAGAAUAUUCUCGACAUGACUCACCCGAUGAAUUGGCCUCUAUUUGUGUAAACUUUUCUGCCCCCAUUUCUUACGCAAGUAGUCGCCCGUCAACAGCAAACAGUGACGGGAUCCGUCAGCCAGGGGUAUUGUCAACCCCCGCCUCAAAGAAGGACAUAGUGAUGCCAGAUGUUGGUGAUGACGAGGGGGAAGACGAGCUUUCUGGACAGGGUCCAGUCUUGAAAAAAACCAAGUCCGCUAAGGACAUGCCGGCCAGCACUCGGAAGAGCAGGUCGAAGUACGACAAUCCUGAUGAGAUGCUGACUAACCCACGAGCACCCUUAGCGAAGAUCAACCUCCGAGAUCUCCUAUGUAAUAGCAAGGCAUGGGACGUCCUAAGUCCGGACGAGAAGAAGUCUGUCCUAGACAAAUUUCCAGAUGAAGAGGAAGUCCUAGAUGCUGGGACCGAAAAGGCGAGACCUAACAUCGCGGCACUUAGGAAUAAUGACAAUUUUCGCCAUGACGCGGCACAAUAUCGAGAAGAUCUAAGAAAAGGAUGGCAUGACCCCGAAUGGAUUCGCCAGGCCCAGGCUGCGCAUAGGAGGCGCGCGGCCGGUGACUACAACGAGUAUCUCGCCACCCGAUUUGAGGACGAAUGGGCCAUACCUAUGACUAAGCAGAGUAAUGAGGAUAACGAUAAGAGAGAGGAUGCUCCUCUUAAGGACGAAAGUAACGAUAAAGACGAUAAUAUGAAUGCAAUGGAAGGAAUCGAGACCAACGAAGGAGAGCCUUUAGAAACGGUAGAACCAAAGAAAGAAGAUGGUGCCCGAGAGGAUGGGCUCAUUGAGCAUCCACCGGAUACGAUUAUGGUCAAUACGGGGACCCUAUAAGAUCGUUUCUUAUAGAAAUCCAAAUGAGAGCCUAUUAAUCU